CCUAGUCUCAAAUGCUUCAACAUUUGUCGAACGAUUAAAAGAUGCAAUGGCUGAAAUCAAACCCAUUCCAUCUUCUAAUCAUAACAAGCAAAACGUUUUUGUACACAAAGACAUGUCUUCAUGUACUCACGUUUUUGUCCGGUCGGACGGGGUUAAAAAAGCGCUCCAGCCGACCUAUACCGGCCCAUUCGAAGUAAUUUCACGAAAUGAGAAGUUUUUCACAAUCAAAAUUGGAAAAAUUAAUAAGGUAAUUUCAGUUGACCGUUUAAAACCUUCAUUUGAUUUCAAUGAAUGUGUUUCGGUGAAAAAACCACUUAAAAAGAAAGUACGUUUCGCUAAAAAUCAUUAAACACAUCAACUGCUAUAAACAUAAAAUUUUACAGCAAAUCGCAUUCAUCCUACUGAAAUUCUCUCAUCUCAUCCUUUCUACAAAAGUCUGUGGUACGAGUAACACACUACACACUACUUCAGCAAAAUUUUUAUUCAAAAAAUCCUACAAGUCAUCGUGCUUUUCACUUGCAACCAAGUCAUGGCACCAAAUAAGAAACUUACCGAAAACCCGGAGUGGCUCAACGCAUUACAGCAAAUUUUAAGGAAUCAAGAGUUGGCAAUCCGUGAAAUCCGUAUAAUCGCCAUGGAAAAUCAACAAAAACUGAAGGCUCUCCUCGAAGAAUUAACCCUCGGAGAUAUGAGACCCACGGAUCUUUUACGUAAAAUGAAAGCUCUCGCAUGCAAGAAGAUGGUGAUAACAACGAUCAAUCAAUCGGAGAAACUCCAAUGGUUGUUCCUACAGUUGGUAGUGGAGGUAACUCUGAUUUAGGUAAUGGAAAUAUUCCACCGGUUAACAAUUCGGUGCAACGCAUCCAGCUAAAAAUACCGCCAUUCUGGAAAAAGAACCCACAGCUGUGGUUCAUACAGCUGGAAGCGCAGUUUACUACAACAAACAUAACAACCGAACAAACCAAAUUCAAUCACAUCGUAGGUGUAAUUGAAUCGGAUAUUCUCGAUUAUGUUAGUGAUAUUGUACUCGCUCCACCUGCGAGAAAUCAGUACCAAGCAAUCAAGGCCCGCCUUAUCAAGCAAUUCACUGCUACUGAUCAACAAAAACUGAAGGCUCUCCUCGAAGAAUUAACCCUCGGAGAUAUGAGACCCACGGAUCUUUUACGUAAAAUGAAAGCUCUCGCAUGCAAGAAGGUAGGUGAUGAAUUCCUUCGCACCUUGUUUUUGCAAAGAUUACCAACUACAAUUCAUACAUUCCUCGCUACGAGUGUAGCACCUAUAGAGGAACUAGCACAAUUGGCAGAUCAAAUGUUUGAAGUUACUCAGUCUUCUUCUGUAAGUGUUCAAGAAGUCUCUAGUCCCUCAAACGACCUUCUCGACGGUUUAGUUAACGUUGUCCAUAAGCUGGAAGACAAAGUCGAAACUCUCACACAGGGUUUUCGCAGGUCUUGGAAUAGUAGUGGACAAAAAUCACGAAACCGAUCGACGACGCCGGCCAAAGCGUCGAAUGUUAAACCAAAUAAACUCUGUUUUUAUCACAAACGUUUCGGAUCCAAAGCCGAUAAUUGCUCUCAACCCUGUAGCUGGGUUAACAGAAAGUCUAAAGAAAUCGGGCAGCCAGCAGUUCGUACACUCACUCAGGGCCCCCUCAUUAAUCGACUUUUUGUUACUGAUAAAAACUCAGUAACGAACAGUUAA